CUCAGACCUAUCUGCAGAAAUCCAGUGUAAACUAUUUCCAACUUUAUACAGCCUAGACAUGGAGGGAGACCUUAACAGCUGUAGUGUAGAGCAACUUCGAUCUCUGCUCCCAGCUCUGGUGACUGAUGACCUGCAGACUUCCUCAGCACACACGGAUUAGUCAGAGUGGGUUCAAGCCAUGGGUGAGCAGCAGCUGAGCCAGCCAGAGACCAGCGAGGGAGCGGGACUGCUUUAUUUUCAGCAUCACCAAGGACAGUGUGGCCCUUUGCCUGGGAUGGACAACAACCUCUCACACACGCUUGGACUGGAGAGUGCCCCAGAGUCCAACUCUCCUGUCUCGUCCUGUUUUGACCCUGACCCCAUGGAGGCUGGCAGGCUGGAAAUGGGUGGACACAAAGGAUUGGAGCUGACUGGGAAUGCUGGCUGGGACCACUCGGAUAUGAGCACCCAAGUGAUUGUGAAGCAAGAGCCCAGUGAUCCUAGGCUGGUGAGGGCAGUAGGUGGACAUACUUAUGGCCUCCCAUUCGAGCAGUGCGACGAACAGUUGCCUAAACGGGCUGAUGGGAAGUUGGACUCGUUCAAUAAAGUCUUCGCCAACCGACACUCUCUGGGUCACAGCUCCAGCGCAGCAGGCAGCUACACUCAGAGCGUCACACUGCGGCAAAUGCUGUCGCAGAAAGCACCGGCAGAACGCUACCCUCAGCCCAGAGUGUCCCAGCACAUGCCGUGCAUGCCCACAAAUCAGCAGGCCAAAGUCUUACUUCCACAGUCACUGCACUAUAGCUACCCUCAGCUGCGGCGCAUGGCAGGGCCCCAGCAGCUUCCCACUGUCAACCAGCAGAUGGCGCAGGAUAUCCUGCAGCAACCCACCAUCCAAGUACAGCACCAUCAGCUCCAUAAACCCUCAGGGGAGACCAAACAACACAGUGACAACCAGCACCAAAUGGGCCCCUACCACCAGGCCCAGCAGUCAAGCCACCAUCAGUUGCUGCAGCACAUGCCAAUCAGCCGGGAGCCUGUCCAACGCCCUAUCAACCCGCACCAGUGUCAGCCGGGAAAGUUCGAGCCAUUCCACCACUCUUUCAAUGCACCUCCUCAAUUCCUGUACGGUGAAAGACAACACUACAGGGUAGAAGCGCAGCAGACGGAGACCCUGACACACCAACUGUACCAGAAACCCAGCCACAGCUCACCAGUGCAGAGUCCUCAGCAACUCAACAACUCUCCCUCCGUGCAGUACACAACGGGCUGUUCAAGGCAGGAGCUGGAAAAUGGCGACCACUCCAUAUGUGCAGAGUUCCAGGGACCGCUGAACAUGCCAAUGGCCAAGGAGUUGGGAUCACAGCCAUGCCCACCGGGUAUCUUUUGGCAGCAGGUUCACCAAAUUCCUCAGGCCUGUGCGAGAAUGUCAGACCAAAGGAAAGGGAUGGAAGAAAAGGCAAAUUCCCCAUAUUCUUUCACCUGCAGCUACUGCAAGGAACAAUUCCACAGCGUCUCAGCCCUACACAUUCACACGGGCACUAAUGGAUGUAUGGGGACAUCUCACAGUGUCAGCCAGAAUGAUGGAGAGAAGAUUGUACGGGAUGGAAGCCACCUCUCCCCUCCCUUCACAGCCACUUCCAUGUCAGCGAAGACUGACAGAUGCAGGCAAGACGCCUUCCUGGAGCAGAAUCCAGGCUGCUUCCUGCCUGAACAGGACACGACAACGCUCACCAGAAUGGCUGACGUCUCAGCACAGGAGAGUUCUGAAACUCACAUUCCCAAGUACCAUCCUGCCACCAUGUAUCGAAGCUAUCUCCGUUCAACAAGCACCAUUGCUGGAGAGCAGCAAAUGUCUUCCUCAGAGCCACCCCAUUACACACCACUGCCAAUGCUUAAUCCUAACCGCAAGAGCUCGGGUCUGUUCUCCAAUCUCAGCACCACUGAAACCAGCACCAAUUCCACACCAGUGUCGUUCACCUGUAGCCAGUUCAAUGGAUUUGAGAUUGUGCAUCAGAAUUGCACAGCAACUGUGAACAACCCAUGUCCGGCAAUAAACGUUGGUCCAGCCAACAUCCCCAAUUUCUGUUUUACAUGAACCAAGAGUUGAUCUCAUUUUCUUUAAUGGAAACCAUUUUGUGAAUCCUUUCCAAUGGUUUGCUCUGUGCUUUCAGUGGAGGAUAUGUUGAACAUGGCCUGUUCCAGUGUGCUGCCUGGUGGAGGACUCAAUCGGGAAUUCACCCUACACUGUCUCUCCGAGUUAAAUGGAGACAUCAUGGCUACGUUGGAGAUGCUGCUACUGAACAAUGGGGCCCGUCCACCAUCCCAUCCACUGGCUAAUUACCAUUACACAGGGAGCAGUAACUGGACUCCUAGCGAACGCAGAGUGUUUAAUAAAGCUUUCGGAGUGCACAGGAAAGACUUCCACAUGGUUCAGAAGAUGGUGAAGUCCAAACUUGUUACAGAAUGUGUUGAGUAUUACUACAACUUUAAGAAGAUACUCAAGUUUAACAAGAAACAUCGCCAUCGACCAUCAGACACAGAUGACGAUUGGAACAAUGUGUUCAAACAAGACACUGACUGUGAGCAGCCAUUUACCAGUUCUCAAUCGAUACAGCAUGCUCACAGAGUGGAGAUAGAAGGUCCUUGCCCCACUGUCAUCGGCAACUUUCCCUGCAAACAAUGUGGCAAGAUGUUUUAUAAAAUCAAGAGUCGAAAUGCUCACAUGAAGAUCCACAGGCAACAGGAUGACUGGCAGCACCGGUCUCAGGAUGCCCUUUAUUCUUCAGUCACCUACACAGGGGCAACACUGGGCAAAUUGACGACCACUCCUCCUGCCUACCCCAGCUGGGACAACAGGGAGAUCCAGGAGCAGCUAGAGGCUAUGUCAGAGGCUAUGACCUGUACAAGUCUACCCCCGCUGUAUCACCAGGACGUGAAACUGAACCUUGCCAAAGAAAAGUGCCAAAAUAUUUUUAUAUAACAAACUCAAAGAAAUACAAUUCUUUGUAAUGCACUAACUGUGAAGACUUCAACCCCGUCUAGGUCUUAAACACUUGUGUGUACAGACUCAGGCCAAGACUUUCGUUUAGCAUCAACAGAAACUAAGCCCCUUUUAGCAAAUCUGCACUUACAGAACGGGGCUAAUGAUUUUCUUCAUUAUUUUCUCACUGAUGCGCAACAUUGAGAUUUUUAUUCAUGUAGCAUACAUAAAUAUGUAUUUUUAGUUAAUUCUGCAAAUCUCCCCCUUCCUGCUGCCACACCCCACCCCCACCCCCGACCACAUUUUGAACCUGUUGCUGGGAUUUAGAGACUAGUUUCAAUAGCACAUCAUUCAAGUGCCUCAUUUGUAAAAGCAAUGGCCCGAAACUUGCACUUAAAAGUCCCUUUCAUAUGGUAAAAGCAUCCCCCAGACGUCUUGGGGAAUGUAAUCCAAAAGCUUCUGUUCAACUUUGGUUCAUGUGAGGCAAUGAAGCAAGAAAGGGAUUUGAAUCCUAAUGCCUUGCUCAGCACCAACAUAAACCCGUGCCACUUGGGGGCUGGAGGGGGGUGUCCUAAAAGAGAUUUUCACCAGGGACUGAGGAGAGCCCUGUCUCUCCAAAUUGAGCCUCCUUUCUGAUCUAUCCUCGCCCUGUCAUGUACAGUCUUGCUGCCCCGAACAGCAAUCCAAGGCUCUCAACCACAGUUCCCUUGUUGACCACCGCAACAGGGACACAGUUUCCUCCUGACGGUGCUCUGCCAGAUGAGCUCUCAAUCAGAAAAGGGUUGGCCAUUCAGAGAACGUAGCAAGCCGACCUCCUCCUGCACACUGGUUUGGGAGCCAAUGGCGUAGUCGAGGUGGGUCUGAUGACCCAACAUUCACAGGCUGAAAUGACAGCAAAGUGAUGGCUCAUAUAAAUAAACUUCCAUUAAAUGUCAGUUGUCCAUGUAUUAUAUAAUAAAUUCCUUCCUAUUAAACUAUGAA